GGUCCCAAACACAUCACCCCUAACGUAUCCGUACCUGUUCUAACAAAAUCCCAAGACUCAGUGUCAAAGCCAACGCCUCUCUCUCUCUCUCUCUCUCUCUCUCUCACAACCGGAACAACAAAAUCCCCAAACCGCUGAAAUCAAAUCAGACCAAAGCAUCAAACCCUAACCUGUCCGAUCCCUGCUCCAAACUCUAGCAAUCUCCGACCACACAGCUCGCACCGUGGCUUCCUCAGGCACUUCAAAUCUCAUCUCUCGCCGGAAGUCCUCCUCCUCUGCCCCUUCGUCUUCUUCUCCGUCUCCAUCUGAAACCCAACCCCCCAGGCCCACGCGGAUCAUUUACAGGGAAUCGCGCCCGUCUAGCUCGAAUCUCCCCUUCUACCACCAGAACUGGUUCAUCGCUUUGCUCCUCUUCAUGGCGGUCUCAUUCUUCGCCCUUGCCCUCUUCAUAUUUCUCACCCUCGAUCUCGAUCAGGGCUCGCCCUCGUACACCUCCGCUGCUUCUGAAGGCGUUGAGAUUACUUAUGGGACAGUUCUUAAGUUGAUGCAUGAGAAGACAAAGUUUAGGCUGCAUUCUCAUGAUGUUCCAUAUGGUUCUGGAAGCGGUCAGCAAUCUGUCACUGCUUUUCCCAAUGUUGAUGAUGCCAAUAGCUAUUGGAUUGUUAGACCUCAGACAGGGACAUCUGCCAAACAAGGCGACACGAUUAAAAGUGGGACGCUCAUUAGGUUGCAACAUAUGAAAACCCGAAAGUGGCUGCACAGUCAUUUGCAUGCAUCUCCGAUAUCAGGGAACUUAGAGGUGAGCUGCUUUGGAGGAGAGCAUGAUUCCGAUACUGGGGAUUUUUGGAGGGUUCAUAUUGAAGGAAGCGGUAAGACGUGGAAACAAGAUCAGAGGAUUCGGCUUCAACAUGUGGACACUGGUGGCUUUCUACAUAGUCAUGACAAGAAAUAUCAACGGAUAGCUGGAGGGCAGCAGGAGGUUUGUGGUGUGCGAGACAAGCGUGCUGAUAAUGUUUGGUUGGCAGCAGAAGGGGCGUACCUUCCAGUUACUGAAAGCAAGUAAAGUUUUAGAAUGACCUCCUAUCAUAAAUUGCCUUGUAAGAACAGGUCCAUGGGUUUUGAAUUGUUUGGGGGAAGGGUGCCUGUUCUUACAUUUAAUUGUUAAUUGUAGAAGUUCUACUAAAUGAAAGAAACAUGCCUCUAAAACACAAUGUUUUGCUUAUACUCUUAAUCCUUGGAUUUUAGUGUGUGUUUGUGUUAUGUAUCAGAACACUCUGUUGCCUGAGCUGCCAAUCUUUUGUUUACCUUUUUCCCGACAGAUGCAAGUGAAUUGCCUGUCUCUGGGUUAAUGAGAGAUCGGGAAGAUGACAGUAUGUAGUACAAA